AAAGAGUCAAUUAUGUUAUCUUUGCUAUAAAUAGGAGAAAUUACAAGUGCCAUUUAUAUAUAUAGUUAGUUGCGGCAGUUGAAUCGGUUUUGCCAAUUCGUUUAGUUGCAUGAAAAAUGAAAUAAUUAUCUUCAUGGCCGUGCGAUUACCUUCUCUUCCAUGAUCCUCUCAUCAUUCUCUUUCUCGCAACCCAUUCGCAUUUGCAUUUGCAUUACACAAAGAUGAAGAAUUCGAAAACGGGGCGUAGUAGUUAUUCUUCAAGCAUGGACGAUUCGAGCGUCUCGAGCAAGCAACCCUUGUUCGCCCACGCGCUCCAGGCGGAACAAGACGAGUACUCGUUCCGCCUGAGCAGCGCGUCGGAGCUGAGCCCCACGGACCACGACAGGCCUCCCCCGGCCCUGUCGUCGUCCUUCGACGCGGGGAACUCGUCCGUGUGGGACCCGUCCACGCCCUCCCUCUGCUCGUCCCCCGCGGCCAAGUCCCCGUGGUCGUCGUCCCACAUGGCGCCCUCCGACCACUCCUACUCCUACACGGGGCUCAUGGGCUCCCUCGUCCGCGAGGAGGGCCACAUAUACUCCCUCGCCGCGGCCGGGGACCUCCUCUUCACCGGCUCCGACAGCAAGAACAUCCGCGUGUGGAAGAAUCAGAAGGAAUUCUCCGGCUUCCGGUCGAAUUCCGGCCUCGUGAAGGCCAUCAUCAUCGCCGACGAGCGGAUCUUCUCCGGCCACCAGGACGGGAAGAUCCGCGUGUGGAAGAUGUCCGGCAAGGAUCCGAGCGUGUACAAGCGCAUCGGAACCUUGCCGACGCUGAAAGCAAAGGUGAAGAAGUCACUGAAACCGAGCAACUACGUAGAGGUGCGGAAAAGCCACAACGCGAUCUGGAUCAAGCACAUCGACGCCAUCUCGUCCCUGAGCCUGAGCGAGGAUCGGUCGAUCCUCUACUCGGCGUCGUGGGACAAGACGGUCAAGGUGUGGCGCGUGGCCGACUCGAAGUGCCUCGAGUCGAUCAGCGCGCACGACGACGCCGUGAACUCGGUCGUGGCCGGGUUCGACGGCCUCGUGUUCAGCGGGUCCGCCGACGGCAGCGUGAAGGUGUGGCGGCGGGAGAUGCAGGGGAAGGGGACGAAGCACUACUUCUCGCAGACGCUGCUGAAGCAGGAGUGCGCGGUGACGUCGCUCGCCGUCGACGCCUCCUCCACGGUGCUCUACUGCGGCUCCUCCGACGGGCUCGUCAACUUCUGGGAGCGCGACAAGUUCCUCUCGCACGGCGGCUUCUUCCGCGGCCACAAGCUGGCGGUGCUGUGCCUCGCCACGUCGGGGAACCUGGUGUUCAGCGGCUCGGCGGAUACCAACAUCUGCGUGUGGCGGAGGGAGGAGCGGAGCCACCACUGCCUCUCCGUGCUGAGCGGCCACAGCGGGCCGGUGAAGUGCCUGGCGGUGGAGGAGGAUAAGACGGAUUUCGCGCAGCCGUUUGGGGCCCACCGGCACUACGUCGUCUACAGCGGCAGCCUCGACAAGUCGGUCAAGAUAUGGCGGGUGUCGGGGCAGGGGGCGCCGCUGCAUCCGCCGCCCAACAGCGAUAUCGUGCCGCCGCAGCAGCAGCAGCCGUUUCAGAAUUUCUCGUCGCAAACUAGUCGGAGCACGGCUCAGAGGAGAAAUUUCUGAAGAUAUAGUAUUAUGUAUUAAAAUGUAUAGAAAUUGGCAAGAAUUAUAUAUAGAGAAACGGCAAUUAGUUAGCAUGUGUAAACUCAUUUCCUAUAUACACUAUCUCUAGUAUUUAUUCA